AUGCAACAAUAAACCAACAAUAAUACCCAAAUUUAAACACAAAUUCAACAAGACACAAAUAAUUUAGAAGGCCGAAUAUUUUGCGAAUAAUACAAAUUAAUACAAAAAUUAGGAAACGGAGCAUUCGGAGUAAUAUAUAAAACAAUUGACUUGCAAUCAAACAAAGAAUAUGCUUGCAAAAUUGAAAGAUCAGAUACCCGUCACCCUUAAAUAAUAUAUGAAGGAAAAUUAAUAAAUUAUUUACAUAAUAAUAGUCGAGAUAACAAACCUGUUUAAGGAAUUCCACAAUGUUAUUAUUUUGGAUAAUCAGAAAAUUAUAAUUUAAUGAUAAUUGAUUUAUUAGGACUAUCAUUAGAGUCUUUAUUUGUUUAAAAUAAAAAGGUUUUUUCUUUAAAAACGAUACUAAUGUUAGCCGAUUAAAUGUUGCAUAGAAUUGAAUUUUUACAUUCUAGAAAUUUCCUUCAUAGAGAUAUAAAACCUGAUAAUUUUCUUAUUGGAGCAGGAGAUAGUAAAGAAAUCGUUUUUAUGAUAGAUUAUGGUUUAGCAAAAAGAUAUUAAAAAAAUAAUUAGCAUAUUCCUUAUAAAGAUGGCAAAAAUUUAACCGGGACAGCUAGAUAUGCAUCUAUUAAUACACAUGUAGGAAUUGAAUAGUCUAGAAGGGAUGAUUUAGAAAGUUUGGCUUAUUUAUUUAUAUAUUUUUUAAAAGGACAACUUCCUUGGUAAAAUAUUAGAGCUAAAGAUAAGAAAGAAAAAUAUGAAUAAAUAAAAGUAAAAAAAUUGGGAAUUUCAUCAGAAGAAUUAUGUAAAGGAUGUCCUGAUUAAUUUCUUACUUAUCUAAAUUAUACAAAAAACCUCAAAUUUGAAGAAAAACCUAAUUAUACGAGUUGUAGGUAACUUUUUAAAAAUUUUAUGGCUUAAUAAAAAUAUUCGCAUGAUUAUAAUUGGGAUUGGUAUUCUUAAUAGAAAAAUGAUAAAGAAGUUUUUUAUUUAUGA